UCCACCCCGUGGGGGAUCUGGCUUCCCGAGGCCAGCCAACCCUUUUACACAGUUUGGAGAGGCGGCUGGACUGACUCCCCCCGCCCCCACCAGAUGUUUUACCAGGAAAAAAACCUCCCCCUUCUGCCUCCAGCCCCAUCUGCUAGAGUUCCAGAGGGGAGGGAGAGCUCCUUUCACUGUUGAUGGGACCCCUUGCAGGGCCGCGGAAUGAGCUGGGCGAGACUGGGCCACCUGGCUGUAUUUCCUAGCCAUGACUCCAGCAGCUGGCAUGACCUUGGGUGUUUGCCCCUCCCUGUGGUCAAGCUGGCUCUGCUGAGCAAAGACGGUCUCCGGCGGAGGCAGGUGCUGUUGGCUCCGGGUGCGCGGCUGUUGCUGGAAGGGAAGCCCCCGAGGGCAGAGGGCGGCAGGCCCGGGACGUUCCCAGCAGAGGCAGAGGACGCCGGGAGCCAGGCAUCCCGGGCGAGCCCGGCGAGAGGAGGCGCUCCCUGCUCCUGCGGGAGGCGGGGCUGCCCCUUCCCUCUCCCCCUCCUCUUCCCGCUCCCGGAGGCCCCGCGGGAGCAGGAGUCCUGCGCCGUAGGGCGGGGGCGGGGGGAGCGAGGCCUUCCAGGUCGGACUGAGCGGGGGCGGGAGGAGAGUGUGAGGCCCCAGUGGCUGGGCCCUAAGGGUCUGAAUUGGGCAGCAAGUGUGGUGGGGAGAAGGACCCCCCAGUUUGGAGCUGGCGGGGGAGGCUGUGUCGGCGGGUGGCCCUGGAGCCCUCCGAUCUUGGCCCCGCAGCAUCUGUCCCCCAGGGAGGUCAGCAUGCGUUUGCCCUUCCCCGCCUGUGCGUCGUGGGUCCACUCCCUCUCUGGCUCCCGGAACCCCCACUCCCCCGAGGUCCCCUCGGGAGGCAGAGCCCGCGGCGGGGCGGGCGCGCAGCAGCUCCUGGCCCAGUAAACACCCGCGGGCGGGACGGCUGGGGCUGGGGGCGGGGGCAGGAAGCUAGCGGC